UUUAAAGAUUGAUUCUUGAUUCUUAUAUUUGAUCAUUUGCUAAUUACAUGGAAAAAGAUUGAAUUUUUAACAAUCUUUGGUUUAUCUGAUUGGCUGGUAUCUUCAUAAAUUAUAAUUAGAUUUAUGGGGUUUUGGUUCGAAAGAUUGAAUUCUUAGAUGUGAAUGAUAACAUUGGGAUUUUGGGCUUUUUCUUGGUUCUUUUCUUGAUUUGGGUAUCUGGGGGUUUUGUGAUUUUUUUUAUCUAUGAGGUGAUCUUAGGAUUCUACAUUUGGUGAUUUGGGUAUGUUUCUGUUUCUGCUAUGAGGGUUAUCAGUGAUUUCAGUUUCUUGAUUUGAUUAUCAUAUGGACUUGGGAAUGUGUGUAAUGGAGUUAUGCUAAUUUGGCUUCUUUUUUCCCUCAGUUUUUGGUGAAUUCUGUAUGAGUGACAAAGAUUGAAUCUUUUUGUUUGUUUUGUUGUCCAACAAGUUUACUGAGUUUAAUUUGUGGAAAGCUUGAUCUUUUGUGUGUGUGUGUGUGUGUGUUUUCUUUCUGAAAUUACUUGUUGUUUAGCUUGGAGAGGUAGUUAAUUGCUUUAUCUUGCUUUGGAGUGAAUUGGUUUACGGAUUUUGAUCUUCAGGGAUACUGAUUUUUUUAACAUAGGAAGAAGCAAUUCAUUGCAUUUUGGAUUACUUUUUUAGUUUUUAGUUUUUAGUUUAUAGUGGUUGGUGAUUUCUCAAUGAAUUUCUAGAAAGAUCGAAUCUUUGUGUUGUUUUGUUGUUCGAUGAGUUUUUACUGAGUUGAAUUUGUGGAAAGCUUGAUCUUUUCUGGUUGUUUUUCUGAAUUUCCUAGGUGUUUAGCUUGGAGAGGUAGUGAAUUGUUGUUUCACUCUUGUGAGUGAAUUGAUUUUGCAUUUUGAUCUUCCAGGAUACUAAUUUUAACAUAGGAAGAAGCAAUUCAUUGCAUUUUGGUUACUUUUUUGUUUUUUACUUUAUACUGGUUGGUUGGUGAAUUCUGAAUGAGUUUCUGGACAGAUUGAACCUUUUUGAAGUUUUCUUAUUUGACGAGUUUUUACUGAGUUGAAUUUGUGGAAAGCUUGAAUCUUUCGUUGUUUUUGUUCUUUUCUGAAAUUCCUAAGUGUUUAGCUUGGAGAAAUAGUGAAUUGGUUUACGGAUUUUGAUCUUCGGGAAUACUGCUUUUAACAUAGGAAGAAGCAAUUCAUUACAGUUUAGAUUACUUUUUCAUUUUUUACUUUAUAGUGGUUGGUGAAUUCUGAAUGAGUUUCUUGAUAGACUGAACCUUUUUGUCGACGAGUUUUUUCUGAGUUGAAUUUGUGGAAGCUUGAAUCUUUUGUUGUUGUUUUUGUAAUUCCUAAGUGUUUAGCUUGGAGAGGUAGUGAAUUGCUUUUUCUCUCUUGGGAGUGAAUUUGGUUUACGGAAUUUUGAUCUUCCAGGAUACUGGUUUGAACAUAGGAAGAGGCAAUUCAUUGCAUUUUUUAUUACUUUUUCGUUUUUUACUUUAUAGUGCUUGGUGAAUUCUGAAUGAGUUUCUUGAAAUAUUGGACCUUUUUGUUGUUUUGUUAUUCGACGAGUUUUUACUGAGUUGAAUUUGUGGAAACCUUGAAUCUUUUGUUGUUGUUUUUCUGAAAUUCCUAAGUGUUUAGCUUGGAAAGGUAGUGAAUUGCUUUAUCUUACUUGGGAGUGAAUUGUUUUAUGGAUUUUGAUCUUCGGGAUACUGAUUUUAACAUAGGAAGAAACAUUUCAUUGCAUUUUGGAGUGAUUUAUCGUGUUUUACUUUAUAGUUGUUGGUGAACUCUGAAUGAGUUUCUUGAAGAUUGAACCUUUUUGUUGUUUCGUUGUUCAUUCAGCUUACUGAGUUGAAUUUGUGGAAAGCUUGAAUCUUUUGUUGUUGUUUUUUUCCUGAAAUUCCUAGGUGUUUAGCUUGGAGGUAGUGAAUUGUUUUAUCUUACUUGGGAGUGAAUUGCUUUAUCUUACUUGUGAGUGAAUUGGUUUACGGAUUUUGAUCAUCGGGAAUACUGAUUUUAACAUAGGAAGAAGCAAUUCAUUGCAUUUUGGAUUACUUUUUCGUAUUUUACGCUGUAGUGAUUUUGGUGAACUCUGAAUGAGUUUCUUGAAAGAUUGAACCUUUUUGUUGUUUCGUUAUUUGAUGAGUUUUACUGAGUUGAAUUUGUGGAAAGAUUGAAUUUCUUUGUUGUUGCUUUUUCCUGAAAUCUCUAGGUGUUUAGCUUGGAGAGGUAGUGAAUUGCUUUAUCUCACUUGGGAGUGAAUUGUUUACGACUUUGAUCUUCCGGGAUACUAAUUUUAACAUAGGAAGAAGCAAUUCGUUGUAUUUUGGAUUACUUUUUCUUUUUAACUUAUAGCGGUUGGUGAAUUCUGAAUGGGUUUCUUGAAAGAUUGAAUCUUUUUGUUGUUCUAUUAUUCAACAAGUUUACCAAAUUGAAGUUGUGGAAAGCUUGAAUCUUGUGUUAUUAUUUUUUCUGAUAUCCGUUGGUGUUUAGCUUGGAGAGGAACUAAAGUGCUUUAUCUUACUUGGGAAUGAAUUGUCUAUGGAUUUUAAUCUUCCAGGAUACUGAUUUUAACACAGGAAGAAGCAAUACAUUGCAUUUUGGAUACCUUUUUCUUUUUUAUUUUACAGUAAUUGGUGAAUUCUGAAUGAUUUUCUUGAAAGAUUGAAUCUUUUCUCGUUUCGUUGUUCGACGAGUUUACUGAGUUGGAUUUGCGGAAAGCUUGAAUCUUUGUUGUUUUUGACUGAAAUUGCUAGGUGUUUAGCUUGGAAAGAAAGUGGUUGCUUUUCAUCUCACUUGGGAGCGAAUUGGUUUACGAAUUCUGAUCUUCUGGGGUACCAAUUUUAGCAAUUUAUUGGAUGUUUGUGGUACCUCUUUUGGGGAAAUUCAGUUAGAGCAAGUUGUGCCCUCCGUUGGGUAGAAUUCUUGAAAUACUGCUAAAUUUGAUUGGUGUUUGGAGAGUUUGACAGUAUCGAAGAAAUGGUGUAAAUUUAGCAAGUUUUUGGUGGUGGUGAAAUGUCAGUAGUAGUUUCUCCACCUCCAAGUCUUGCACCAUUUCCUGUCCCACCAAUUGUCUUGAGUCCACCUCCUCAGCUUUCUUCUCCGCCCCCUGCAUCUCAGCCUAAUGCGACAGCACCACCCGUGUCUUCUCUUCCUCCAACAUUACCCCCACAAUCUUCUCCUCCCCCGGCCUUACCAACACUACCACAAUCACCUACUCCAAGUAACGUGACAUCGCCGCCUCCUAGUAACGUGACAUCGCCUCCUCCAAUGGCUUCCCCACCCACAGAAUCCGCUCCUCCAACAGUUAGUCCUCCACCUAUCCCACCUGCUAGUUCACCGCCACCUGUAUCUUCUCCUCCUCCUUCCAGUUCACCACCACCUCAAUCUUCUCCUCCCCCUGCUAGUGCUCCUCCACCUACAUCUAGCCCACCAGUUAGUUCAUCACCACCUCCAGAAGUUGAGCCUCCACCUGUCUCACCUCCCCCACAACCAACUGUUCCUACAAGUUCACCUCCACCGCCUCCAAAAGAAGAUCCUCCUCCUACCUCACCUCCACCACAACCAACCACUCCUCCAAGUUCACCUUCACCACCUCCCAAAGUUGAUUCUCCACCUUUUUCACCUCCGCCGCCUGCACAGAAUCCGGAUCCUACUGCACCACCACAAUCUCCUGAACCUCCGAAAGGUUCACCACCCGUGAAUUCACCUCCAUCACCAGCGUCUGUGCCACCAAGAGGUUCACCUCCUACCCCAGCCUCUGACCCUCCUGCAAAUACACCUCCAUUGCCAGCGCUUACGCCACCACAAGGUUCACCUCCUACACCAUCCUUGGAACCUCCUAAAAAUACACCUCCUUCACCAUCAGUUCCUUCUGGUGGAAACACUACCGAUAGGCCCAGUGACAAUGCAGCAGGUAGCGCAAACAGUUCCAGUAGUAGCGGCAUAGGAACUGGAGGUACAGUUGCAAUUGGCGUCAUUGUUGCUGUUUUAUUGCUUAGUAUUGUUGGAUUAGUGGGUUGGUGCUUAUGGAAACGAAAGAAAAAGGCUUUUCGUCCCAGUGGCGGGAAUGUCAUGCCAACCCCUUCGGGCUCCACCCCAAAUUCUGAUUCCGUCUUAUUGAAGAUACAGGAAUCAACACCUGAUACCAGAAAUGGAACUGGAAACAAAUUCCUAAAUUCUCCUGGAGGAUCUGGUGGAUUUGGAAAUCCAAAGAUAUGGUUUACCUAUGAAGAACUAGUUAAGGCUACUGGUGACUUCUCGGCUGAGAAUUUGUUGGGAGCAGGUGGAUUUGGUUCUGUAUACAAAGGAUGUCUACCAGAUGGGAGGGAUGUAGCAGUAAAGCAACUAGAUAUUGGUGGGCGCCAGGGGGACCGGGAGUUCAGAGCUGAAGUUGAAAUCAUUAGUCGAGUACACCAUCGCCAUUUGGUUUCCCUUGUAGGUUAUUGCAUUUCUGAAAAUAGAAGAUUGCUUGUUUAUGAAUAUGUCCCAAAUAACACCCUUUACUUCCAUCUUCAUGCCGAAGGAAGGCCUGUUAUGGAUUGGACAACACGUGUUAAGAUUGCUGUUGGUGCAGCUCGUGGAAUAGCUUAUCUGCAUGAAGAUUGCAAUCCUCGUAUUAUCCACAGAGACAUCAAGUCAUCAAACAUUCUUUUAGAUAUUAACUUUGAGGCUCGGGUUUCUGAUUUUGGAUUAGCUAAAUUAGCUCAGGAUGCAAAAACUCAUGUUACAACACGUGUUGUGGGAACAUUUGGCUACAUGGCUCCUGAAUAUGCAUCAACUGGCAAGCUGACUGAAAAAUCUGAUAUAUAUUCUUUUGGGGUUGUGCUUCUGGAGCUAAUUACUGGACGGAAGCCUGUUGAUACAUCUCAGCCUUUAGGGGACGAGAGUCUAGUUGAAUGGGCACGACCGUUGCUUUCUCAUGCCCUUGAGAAAGUGGAAUUUGAUCAGCUUGUAGAUCCACGCCUCGAGAGGAAUUAUGUUAUCCCUGAGAUGUUUCAACUGAUUGAGGCAGCUGCAGCUUGUGUGCGCCACUCAGCUGCAAAGAGACCAGGGAUGGGACAGAUCAUGAGAGCUUUUGAUAACAUGUCUGCGUCUGAUCUAACCAAUGGGAUGAAAGUUGGCGAAAGUACAAUAUAUAACUCCGCAGAUCAAUCUGCAGAAAUAAGAUUGUUUCGAAGGAUGGCAUUUGGUAGUCCAGAUUUUAGUUCCGAUUUUUUUAGUCAAGGUACACAGCAUAGUGGAGAGUCGGCUGAAGAUAGAGUAUAGCACACAGCUAAAGGUCUUGUUAAAUCAAGUGUAUAUUCAUCUGUUCAUAGAUAAAAGCACCUACGUUGAGAGGUACGCGUUUGCCUCUCCGAGGUGAUUUUGGUUUUGUUUUAUAAGUAGCUUCCUUUUUCGCUGCUUACAUAUAUGCCCUGGUUUUUUAGUAGCAAAUUUUUCCUGUAAGUAACAUGAAUUCUUUUGUCCAUCUCCAAUAUUUUUGUUCUUUCAAAGGUUUAUUCCA